GACGUUUUAUGGUUUCCGGCAUUUAGGUAGCAUCAUUUUCUACCUUUCUCUACAACCUACACCCAAAAACAAUCACAAUGCUUAUCAAUUAUUACAAUUAUUAAUUAUAUUUCUAUGUUAUAUGUUGUAGAAACACAUCUACUAAAAGGUACGAGUUUAUUUAUUUAUGGUAGAUGUAGGCCUAAUUAACUUUAAAUUAAGCCGGUUAGCCUACCCCUUUCUUAUUCUUUAAUUAGACCAGUUUAGUCUUAUUUGUACUAGUUUAUAGUUUAUAGUCUAUUAUAUAUAACUAUAUGACUAUAUCAUUAUUGUCAUAAAUAAUUUAUAUGCAUAUGACAGUUCAGUAAUUAUGGCCUAGUCUUACUCUUAGUAGUAUUAGUAAUUAGGAGUUCGUAGAAAAUUCCAUUUUUAUUUUAGUGAUAGUAUUUAUAGAACAUGAGACACGCCAGGCUGCUUUAUAAUUUAAACAUAUUUGGAUAUUGUCAGCAAGCCAGUUGUAAUGUCAAUGUGUUUAAUGGUUUCCUAGGCCAGGUGUGGUACAUGUGCUGGACUUUGACUCCCAGGCCCAACAACACCCACCCCCAUCCCCCCCCAGUUGACUCUUACUCUCAGGGACUAUAUUUUAAAAUAUUGCAAUGUAAUACAAGUUUACUGCUGUUAAUGUGAACUAAAAAAAGCAACUAAUAUAUACAUUUCAAUUUUAACUGAUUGAUCAUAGUCAUACAUAGUGAUACCUAGCAUACAGCUGAUUAACUAUGACUAGCAUAAUAAUUAGUUUAACUCUUAAGUAACUGAAUUUGAUUCUUUGUGUUUAGUUUAAUUAAACAAACAGAAAAUAUUUAGGCAAUGCCUUAAUAUUUUCUGUUUGUUUAAUUAAACUAAACACAAAGAAUCAAAUUCAGUUACUUUUCAGUUUGUAAAACACUUUAAAAACCAGGGAAAAUGGUUCUAUGACUUGGUGUGUUUGUCUUUUUUAUUUUGUGUUUUUAAGCCAAGAGGAUUUCAAUUUUUAAAUGAAAUAUUAUAUUGACUUUGUAUCAUUUUGGCCUAGUCCUAAAGAAAUAAAACGUAUAAGUUUAAAUGGAACAAUCAUUUUUUUUUUUUAAUUUAGCCAUAAUCUAAAGAUUGUGUGUUUAAUGGUAUUUACUUCUUGUUCCACUUUAAAUUUUAUGUUUCUAGAAAAUGAGUUUCAAAAUAUAGUAUGCUAAUAUUUCUACUAGAGAAUAGAGGCUUACGCUACCGCUGAAUUAUAAAAUUAUUUGUUAAAAAUAAAGCAUUAAUUGUAAUAUUUACUUUAAUAAAAAUAUUUACAAAUGAAAACAGUGAAACUCUGAAUAACUAUAAUGCAAUAAUAAAAUCAGAUCAGGUUAACUUUGAACAAAAAAAUGCAUGUGCUAAUGAAUAAUUAGAAUUUCGAGGCCAAGGCAUGUCUGGGUUAAAUCCAAAUUUACAUUAUAUAGUUAUAGCAAGGUUCCACUUUUAUUUGAAAGACCUCCUUUUUCACACAUUUUUAAACUUCAUGUGGUUGAUGUGUAUAUAUUUUCUUAAAUCAUAAUCAACAGCUUAUUUGUGUCACCAUUAAAAGCUACCGAAGUAACAUUUAGUAUCAAGAGGCUUUGCAAUCUUUAAAAAAAUUGGUGAGUCAUGGGUCUGCCUAUUCAGAGAUAAAUGUAGUUACAUUUUCUAAUCAGGAGGUACAUCAAGAGGGUUGCAUGUCAAACCAUCAUAAUGUUUGUAAAAAAAAGGUAGUCCAGCUUGGUUCUUGUAUAAAAAAUACAAAAGUUUAAAACAUUUAAAAAAACAAAAAUUCUUAUUGAUAAUUUUCAUUAUUUUCUCUGUGUGCUUUAACUUCAAUCACUUAAUUUAUCAUCCAUAACAGACUUGCACAAAUAUUUUAUUCAAAUUACCUUACCCAAAAAUCAAAGACAUUUUACUUUUACUUCGAUUUCAGAAAUUACAAUGUCUGAGCAGAACCUCCGAUUACGAAUUCAAACAAAAAGUGGACACAAACUUUUAGAUGGUCUUUUUCUAGCAUCUACUGUUGGGAGCCUAAAACAAGCCAUUUCUGAUUCUGCAAACAUACCAAAAAACAGGAUUAAAAUACGUCAAGGAUAUCCCCCAAAAAUUAUUGACAUAAGCAAUGAAAUUGCAGAAUUAUCCACAUUACCUUUUCGUUCAGGUGACACACUCAUUGUGGAAGAAGAUGAAUCAAACCCUAUAAGUAAUGAAACUAUUAAUCAAGUUGAUGAGCGCUUGGAUACUCUACUUCAUCAUCAAUUGGAGGAGGGUGCAACAGGAAUACUCACCAGAAAAGUUGUUCCAGCUGAUAAUUCCUGCUUAUUUACAAGUGUCCACCUGGUGAUGAAUGAUGGUGCUUAUGAUUCCUCUGCUUCUCCUCAACUUCGGGAAGUUAUAGCAGGCAUAGUUUCUAGUGAUCCUGCCACCUACUCAGAAGCCAUCUUGGGUAAGCCAAAUAGCGCUUACUGUAGAUGGAUCCGUGAUAAAAAUUCAUGGGGAGGAGGAAUUGAACUUGCCAUCCUAUCACAGUAUUAUAACACAGAGAUUGCAGUGGUUGACACUCAGAGUGGUCGUGUUGAUAGAUUUGGUGAAGACAAAACUUAUAAGGAACGCGUAUUUAUAAUUUAUGAUGGAAUUCAUUAUGACUCUUUAGUUUAUGAGUCUAUAGAACAGGUAGGUGCUGUUAGGACCAAAUUCUCAAUUCACAAUGCUGUCAUUUUAGCCCAGGCUCUUGAAUUAGCUUCUGAGGCAAAAUCAAUUCGUCAAUUUACUGAUGUGGCUGGCUUUUCCCUUAGAUGUUCCUCGUGUCAGCAGCCUCUCAGGGGUCAGAAGGAGGCUGCUGAGCAUGCCAAAGCCACAGGACAUGUAGAUUUUGGAGAAUACUGAAGAAAAUGUUUUAUUUUUACUUCCAAAAGUAUUUAACUUUAAGGAGUUUUAUGACUUUGAAAUUCAUGUAGUGUGUGUAAUUACUAAAUAGCUUUGCAAUAAAAUCAAGUACCAAUUUUAGCAUUAAUUGAAUUAAUGGUGACAGAUUUAAAUGGUAUACAUUGCAAUUUUUUAAGAACUGGUACUUAUUGGUCGCACAUUAAAAUUAUUUUAAAAAUAAAAAGAUGGAACUUCCUGUAAAAUGCAAUACGGGUAGGCACAAUUAAGUUUAUUUAGAGUGCCUGACAUGUCAGGUUAUAAUGUUCAAUUUGUAUUAUUUUAAAUAAACUGUACAUUAUGAAGGGAGAUUUUUCUAAAUAAUUUUAUUUGACAGUUACAAUUACUAAAAGAAAGAAAAAAGAAAAUCUCGUUGGCUGAAAUGAUUGUAAUUGCAUUUAAACUGAAUAAGUAAUGAAAAAGUAUUUAAUUACUUCUAAAAAUAAGAUUCACAAAUAAUUAUUACAAAUUCAAUUAAAUUGUAAUUUGCAAUAAUUAAAUCGAAUUUUUAAAAAAAUUCUAUUAAAUCGUCUAGAUACGUGUGCACAUAUAUUAUUAUUUUUGUUUAAAAAAGACUCGCAACCAAAUGUUAAAUUAUAGAAUUCUGUCCAUAGGACUUUAUACCAGUACUCCGAUGUCAUUUUGUCUUCUCAGUAGCUUGUUUCCUAAACCCUACUGAAUUUAUAGAGUAUUAACAAUGAAAUAAAAUGAGCAAAGAUAGGAGAGAAAGAGAAUUUCCAUUAAUUUAUACUUUUCCUUUCAGAAAGCUUUAUCUUAAACAGAUCAUUUUUGAGUGAACAUUUUUAUAAUCCUUUCUUUUAUAAUUCAUCA